UCUGUGAAAAUGCGGAGUCUAGUUUGAAUAGACACUUCAACCUGAGUACAACGCACAGAGAAUUUUGAAAAUUGGAGUGUGGGAAAUUGAGGUUUUUUUUUUGUGUUGGAAAAAAUUUUGUGUGUGUGAUCGCCUAUAGAAAAUCUGGUCAAAAACUGCCUUCAAAUUAGAAUCCUGUGGCUUCAUCUGCUAUUCGGGGAGCCCCUUCUCCUAUUGGCUGACAAGUUUCUGGGCCGAAAUUUCGGGGGUUCUCCAAGUCGACACAUUAAAAUUACUGUGUUGUUUCAAACGGCUUGCCCUAAAACUUGAGUUAAAAAGCACAAAUGGAACAUUAUUUGUGAGAAGAGCAGUGUGGGCAGGAGAAUGGCUUACUUUCGUUAUAUAUCUGAAUGUAUUAGUUAUGUAGGAUUUGAUUGUAAUGUAUUAUAUUAUGGCCUAGCCUGUUUUUCAUACAAAUAUUUACAAGACUUUACACCGAUUUGAUCGGGCUAAUCGGUACCGGCCGAUAUUUAGCAUUUUAUGCUGAUCGGCUCUGCAAAAGACAUUUACUCCGCGUCGCCGCGUGCACAGUAUAUUUGAAUGCAAAAGCUAGUUUAUUUUUAGCCUUGUCGCGUGUCUUUUGACGUAGUACUGUAAAUAUCUAACUGCCAAAGAAGUUAUAAAAAAAAAAUAAAAUGUAUUCAGCAUCCCGUUUUUUACAAUCAUUGGGCUUUAUCUUGUCAACUCAAAUGCGACCGGAUACACAUGUUACCGUGGCGACGACAACAAGAGUGGAGCGAGCCGACGGUAUUAUAAGGACAAAAUGGAGGGAAACGUGGACAGGACAGGAGAGGACGUUCGUUUAAAGCUUGCUUGAGGCCGAGGUUGUGGAAUGCUGCUGGAUGAGAUGCCCCUGUUCGAUCCCUCUCUACUUCAGGAGUUAGACUGGAGCGACAACAAUGUCUCCUUCUCCCCCCUAAUCUCCCCCUCCAGCCCUGGCGAAGGCCUGGUACUCAGGCCCCUCUGCACUGCUGACUUCAACAGGGGGUUCUUUAAGGUUUUAUCUCAAUUAACGGAGACUGGUGACGUCACCGCAGACCAGUUUAUAAAUAAAUUUGAGCACAUGAAGAAAACGGGGGACUACUAUGUAGUGGUGGUGGAGGACACCAAUCUAGGACAAAUUGUGGCCACGGCCACUUUGAUCACGGAACACAAAUUCAUUCAUUCUUGUGCAAAGAGAGGUCGAGUGGAGGAGGUGGUCGUCAGUGACGUGUGCAGAGGCAAACAGCUGGGAAAACUGUUACUGUCCACGCUUACGCUUCUCAGCAAAAAACUCAACUGCUAUAAAAUCACACUGGAAUGUGCACCCAAUAAUGUGGCUUUCUACCAGAAGUUUGGUUACGCCGCUUCUGACGAGACUUACAUGCAGUGUCGCUUCUCCCACUGAGAACCACCGGGCCUGGAACGCAGCUUUGCACGCCACCCUCUGACGUCAGCCGAGCAGAACAUUGCGGUUUGGAGUGCGUCAUUUUGAAACUUUUGAGUUGUUCCGAGGAGUGUCAUCCUGACUAAGAGCUGAAGUAAACACAAACACAUGUCAAAGCCCCCUCCCCAGCGCCCCCUUUUUUGUUUUGGUAACCAUGGCUACCUCACAGUGGCGGAGCUCUGAAGAAGGGCUCGUCACUUACUGUAAAUGUCUUAUUUUAUUACAAUGGUGACGGAAAAUAGGAAUGAAAUCAGCCAGACAUUCAAUGAAAGCUUAAGCUUAUGUCCUUAAAGCAUCCAAUAAUUCAUUAAUAAAUAAUUGAUGGUUGAAGGCAAGUAACCAAAGAACCAUUCAUUGAACACUAAUUCUUCUUUUCCUUUCGGCUUGUCCCUUUAGGGGUCGCCACAGUGCGUCAUCCUUUUCCUGCAUCCUCCUCUCGAACACCAACUGCCCUAACACUAAAUAGUGCUAAAAAAUUAAUCACAAUGAUGGUAUAAAUCCUACAGGAUUUAAAAUCAAUUUAAGUAGGCAAUGGGAGUUUAUAUUGUGUGUAUGAAAGUCAUGAACGUUUUAUAUUUGGAUAGCAACAAUGAUCACAUUUUGUGAAAGGGCGAUAUGGAUACAAAAAUGAUAUUUGUACAUUUAUACUUGUCUUUUUUUCUAGUUGGGCAAAGGGAACAUAUUUAAUGUAAUUUAUUGCCAAAUCUGUACAAAACUAAAUAAAACAUUGGUAACCCAUAA